AUGUCCUCCUUUUACCCCCGCUUGCUGCCCCGUAGUGUACCAGAGCAUUCUAUCCUCACCCUCCCCUAUCCCCCCAUCUCCCCAACAAACUACAUACUAUACUACACCGCCCCUCCGCACUCAACCUUCGCCACACCCCCUCCACCCCCGAAACAACCCCUCCCCCCUCCCCCCUUCUUUACACUUUCUCCCCUCCACACAAAACAAUGGACCCACCCCACCAACUUACCUAAUAGGCGCUACACCUGCACACUCUAUGCGCUUGAAUUAGCUGGCAGGAUGAGGGCAAAGCGAAGAUGA